AGUGACUACAAAGCUUAUGGUCUAAUCUAUCUGACAGAUGAAGUUCCUGAUCGCUGCAACGCUCUUGGUGCUCGGGCUGGGUAGAGCCUCAUCGGCCCUGGUGGAUGAGUCAGAGUCCGCUACGGCUGCCGUGAAGAUCCUCGGCGGAUACGCGACCAGGACCCGCUUCAGCGUGCUCUCGUCUACGACCUUCAAGACCUGCAUCACGCAAGUGGGACAGAAUGCCCAGUGCCAAGGACGCAGGAAGAGGGAGGCCAAAGCCGUGAACGAGAACCUCAUGGCCGCCGAGAACGUGCGCGAAGUCCUCCUGGAUUCCUCCCACGACGACCAGGCUGUGUCCGUCAGCGCCCCAGAGCAGAAGGAAGUCGGCAAGCUGUUCGUCUCCCUGACUACCUUCACCACCCUGACCACGACGACUUUCUUCGAGAACACCGCCACCACCGUGUCCGUGUCCUUCCACUGCAUUCCUCCCAACGGCCUCAACUACGAGUUCUGUUAGGCAUCGACGAGUUCUUGAAAUGAGCUAGACCUGUUCCUGCCGCGAGCAAGAGAGACUAGCGCCAUUCAUUUGUAAAUGUGCUGUAUAUAAGAAGGUCCUUAAGCAAGUAUAGCUGUAAAUAAAUAUUUUUUUUUAAAUUCAAA